AUGACUCAGGAGGGUUCUUCCUGUGAGGACAAUGCUGCCGUGGAAAGGAGUAUCCGCUAUAUAUUUAAAGAGAAAAAAAUUCCUCAAUCUCUUCCAGAAGAUGUUAUGUCACAGAAAAUGGACCUUCAGAAACAGCUCAUUCCUUUUGAAGCUCUGUGCCAGGUGUGCCCAGACCACCCUAAACUUGACGAGGCUGUUCUAAUUACUAAUAAAGCAAGGAUUGUCAGCAUGAUGGGAAUUGUUGAGAAUGUUUCAACAUACCAUAGAUUGUGUCCUCAGUGCCACAUGGUGUACAGAUACCAGGAGUGGACGGAUGGGCUUCAUAACUUUGAUAACCACAUUGUUUUAUCUCUUGAACUCUGCCUUUUUUUGAGAGAACAUUUGCAGAACCAUGUAUCUGUGUCAAGGGUCAUUGACUCAUUGGAGGGCUUAAGAAGGGUGAAGUUUCCUUCUAGGGAUACCAUAUUUCAUGCUUACUGCCAUUUUGAGGCUUUGACUGACACAGAUUACAUGUACUCCUGCAUAAACUGUGGAUUUCACCCCUGUGGUAGUUAUGGACUUACACAGAAAAGGAGUGUUCAACUUAGCAGUCAAGUUAUUAUAGUGAGUGACCUCAAAGCCCCCCCUGAAGACUUCAAUGGUGAACAUGACAUUGAAGUUUUUUGGAACUCUAUUCACCUGGAGAUGAUAAGCCGUGGGUUUUUUCCAAGCAGCGUGAAGAAUCCAUUUUCAGUUCCACCAAGUUACACGCACUGGGCACCAUGGAUCGGGAGUGAAACUCGAAAGAGUGACAUUGUGCUUAACACUGAGUUUAAAAAAGUAAGAAGAAGCACUUCACAUGAAGCUCAGCUUAGCAGUGUCACAGAGGACCGUCUGUUUGAUGAACUCACCAAACAAAAGGUUGGAGUGGUGAGAAAAUUGUGCAAAGCCUGCAACAUCGACUCCAACGGCUCGCGCUUUGAUCUCAUCACCAGACUGAGGGAGAAGAUGAAGAGCAGGCAGACAUAUGAUAAGGUCUUUCAAAGCAUAUGGGGUGCCUCUGAGCCUCUGGUACCAGUUGAUGGCAAGAAAGGCAAUAGAAGGUCAACAGAUGCAACUCUUCCUGACCUGUGUGGACCACCGUGCAAAGCUCUGACAAAGCCGGAGAACAUUUUGGCCAGCCGUUCAUCAUGGUCUUUUGUACCACACCCUGGUCAACAACAGCUUCUCAACUAUGUUCUGGACAUCAGCAGACCCAAAGAUGAGCUGAUUGUUGAAACGUCUACUGGAUGUCUCACACGGGCUGAUUUUUGGACACUGGGUUUAAACGAACAAAUGGAAUCUACAAUUGGAAAUGGCUGUUUUGAGCUUAUCACCAAAAUUGUUCAGUCAAAGGGGAUAAGCAUUUACAUUGAAAAUCUUUAUGUUACCCGGACUUGGCUUGCACCCUAUGACUGUGAUCCAUUGCAGUCCUUUCCUACUGAUGCUCAGUGGAUGGACAUCAUAGUUCUCCCUCUCUGGACACCUGGCCAUUUCCAGUUGUGUUCAGACAUGCCCUACUUGCGGAAAUGGUGGUGCUUGAUGUUGAUGGAGAACUUUGAUCUCAAGAGCUAUGGCAAGCUUUUUGCACACUGGAGAGAGGACGCCAAAGCUGUGCUUCAAGGACAACAUGUGCCCAUUUUUAGACUGAAAAAGCGUAAGUUACCGGAAGUCAGUCAGGAGCCAGCAGUUGUUCAAGAUCUGCAUACUGCUGUGCAGUGGGUUGUCCAAAAUAAGGCGCUUUUCCAUGGACACGUAACCAUGCCAAAAUAUCUGUCCUUAAAUAAAGAGGGCCAGCAGAGGGUCUUAAGAGACAUGCUGGAGGAAGAAGACACUGAAGCAAAGGACUUCUUCUUCUUUGUUUUUCAGUGUGCGGAGGACAUGGAGCACUUUCUGAAGGCUUGUGUUGACGAGCAGGGACUAAGGGUCAAUGCUAUGUUUGACAUUUAAUGGACGGAGGAAGACACUGGCUGUUUGUUUGU